AUGUUCGGUCUACACUACCUCACCCAAUCCGUCCCCCAGUCCGCCUUCAUCCCCAGCCCGCCCCUGACCGAGGCCAACCUGCCGGACCAGGCCGGCCGGGUGCACCUCGUCACUGGCGCCAACUCGGGCGUCGGCGAGCAGCUCAUGCAGAUUCUGUACUCCAAGAACGCCACCGUCUACGUCGCCGCGCGCAGCCGAUCCAAAGCCGACGAGGCCAUCGCCCGCGCCCGCGCCCUGCACCCCUCCUCCACCGGCCGCCUCGACUUCCUCCCUCUCGACCUCGCCGACCUGCGCACCGUCCGGCCCGCCGUCGACGCCUUCCUCGCGCGCGAGCGCCGCCUCGACGUGCUCGUCAACAACGCCGGCGUCAUGUUCCCGCCCGCCGCCGAGCCCAGCGCCCAGGGCCACGAGAUGCAGCUCGCCACCAACUGCCUCGGCCCCUUUCUGCUCACCAAGCUGCUCACCCCGCUCCUCGUCGAGACGGCCCGGACGGCGGCCAAGGACUCGGUCCGCGUCAUCUGGGCCUCGUCGCUCGCCAACAACCUGUUCUCGCCGGCCGGCGGCGUCGCCCUUGACGACCAGGGCGUGCCCAAGAACCAUCGCAUCACGCAGACCAACUACGGCCAGUCCAAGACGGGCAACCAGUUCUACGCGGUCGAGUUUCAUCGCAGGCACGCCAAGGACGGCGUGGUCAGCGUCACGUUCAACCCGGGCAACCUCCAGAGCGGCCUGCAGCGGCACCUGCCCGGCUUCGUCCACGCCUCCCUCACCUACCUCGGCUACCCGCCGCGCAACGGCGCCUACACCGAGCUGUUCUGCGGCUGGAGCCCGGACAUCACCAUGGAAAAGGGAGGAUCCUUCAUUAUUCCCUGGGGCCGUCUCGGCAACGAUUACGUCCGUCCUGACCUGGCCAAAAUCGUCGAGGACAACAAGACGAACCCGGAUGCGAUCCCCAGAAGGUUCUGGCAAUGGAGCGACGAUGAAACCACAAAGUAUGCCUAA